AUGGCGACACUUAAUUGUUUGAUCAGGUUUGAACCCAAACCCAAACCCAAACAAUCCCUCACUCAUGCCUUUGAAAUGAGUGGAGGAGAUAGAUCGCUAAAUGUGACUCAGCUAAGUUACAAACUUCUAAAUAUUUAUGCAUUAGUGCUUUUUGAUAUGAUGAAGGUGGCCGCGAUUCUCUGGGUUAUUUGGUUUUCAUGGAAUGAGGCAGUAUGGGGGAACAUCAUUCCAUCUUUGUCUUCCAUGCAAAGCCAUGUGGAUGCUACAUGUUUGUUGUGGAUGCAGGCGUACGGUCAGGCUGGAGGUAGCAGAACUGGGUCUAAUCCACCGGUCUGGAGUCCUCCCCCAGCGGGCUACCUAAAAUGCAAUGUUGAUGCAGCUAUCUUCACUAACGGUGCAGGAGUUGGUGUGGUUGUACGAAAUGAGGAGGGUAAGUUCGUAGCUGCUUAUGGUGCGAAGUUAAACUGUUUUAAUGAUCCUUUCAUGGCGGAAACAAUGGCGGUCAAGGAAGCUCUCAAAUGGUUGAAGAUCAAUCACUUUAAUAAUGUUAUUCUAGAAACUGAUUGUUUAAAUUUCUGCUCAGCUUUUAAUUCUGUUGCUUUGAACCGUUCCUAUGUUGGUUUGAUUGUAAGGCAAUGUCGAGUGCUUGCCUCAGACAUUGGGAACUUCUGUGUUCGCCAUGUCAACAGGUCAGUGAAUCAUUUAGCUCAUGUCUUACCACGGGCUACGGAUUCUAUGUCUGGCUUAGGUUCGCGGUUCACUGUGCCACCAACCUGUAUCUCAUCUCUUAUUGAUGCUUAA